UGACGUGAGAGUGAAUGCACUGAGAUUUUCUCAAUUCUGGAUAAUGUGACUAGGUUUUAUCACUUAGUUGUUGUAGAGAUGACAGAAUCAAAGACACGACACUCUCUUUAAGUGUUGUUUUUCUAACAGGAUAAUAAAUAGUAGUAAAUGAUGAAUAAAAUAGAACUCGAGGUAUAAGGGAAAGAGCAAUGAGCUAUUUUGUGUUAAUCAGUAAAAAUUGAUAAAAAUUUUAUGUGAAGGUUAGAGCCAUAAUUGACCUUAUUUUAAAUUCUAGGUCAGAUAAUCUUAUGUAGUCUAUGUGAAUUGUUAGUAAAACCUUAUUUAAGGUCAAUUUUUAUGAGAUGCCUUAUUCAGAUCAGUGGAUAGUUGUUACUAACCAAAUAUGGGGCUCAAUUUUGGCAAAGCUUACAUGAUUUUAUUGCUUAUAUUUUGACCAAUCUUGGUUUCAUACUAUCUUUCAUAUUUUUAUUUUCCUUUACCCUUAUUUUUUUGCUUGCAAAUGACUUCACUAAGAUGAAAAAUUAAGCUCCCUUUGUAAGCUAUUUCAAAACUUUUGGAAUGAAAAGGGAACAUAAGUAAAGACGGUUCCAUCCUUCCUUGUUUCAGUCCUCUUUAGAAAUCUUCCCUCAGCAAACCAAGUCACUGUUCUGCUUUAAAGAGAAAAGUGUGUUGGAUCUAAUUCAGUACUUCAUUACCUUUUAAAAAGGGAUUUAAAGAAAAUCCAUAAACCGAAAAGCACUGUGCCAAACGCUUAAUGUAGAUUAACUCAGUUAGUGUUCACCUUCCCUCCAAAGUGACUCUUCCUUCUCUGUGCUAUGAUGAGGGAGGAGCUGAGGGACCAUUAGUGACUUGCUCGAAAUCACAUACUCUUAAGUAAUAGAGCCCAGAGUCAGACUGAGGUCUUUCUGACCUUAAAGCAUGUGUUCGUAACUGUGGAAUUUUGCUCCACACGCUUCAGUUAAUGUGGUAUGGAGAUAUUUGUGUUCCACUUAAUUAAAGUUCUAAGAUUCUGGAACCUUUAUUGAGCAUCUACUUACCAGAGAACUUAUUAAUCCCAUUCAACCCUCACAUCCUCUUAUGCAGUGAGUAUUGUCUCAGAAUUGUGAAUUAGGAAAUGAACCCAGAGAGGUCGAAUUCCUCCCCCGUGGGUUACAGCUUACUCGGCGGCUGGGCUGAGAUUUCAGCUCUGACCACCUAACACUAAAUUCCAUUUCUUCUUUCUCCAGUACCAUGCGAAAGUUUUGAGUUUUCUCUGACUCUGCACAAGGGGCCUUGAAAUCUGUCUUAAAGUUGAUUUAUGACAUUAGAACAAAUAAAUAGUAUUAGUGAACAUUUGUGCUAUUAAUACAAUUGUGUUUUUAUAGGUGGUCAUCUUUUCAAUAAUUUAAAUUUCUAGCAAAUUCUUGUAAUGUGGCAUCUAACUUUUUGGUUAGCUGUGAAUGAAUUUUUAGUCCAUUUAAAUUCUCAGGAGUUUGCAGAAAACUGUGACUCAAUAAGUGUAAUCUGGGGCCACUUCUGUGUGUAACACCCCGCGCCCCCGGGUGCAGGGGCGAGAUAACGAGCUUGUGGACAAAUAGGCAAGAGUUGGAAUUAGCAAAACACUAGCUUAAAAUGAGGGAGUUGUUACAGAAGUACGCACAACAGAAUAGAUAUUGGGCCCCCCCGCUGGCAGAAUGGGCCGUCCCGCAGUCCUCCCGGCUGAAGUACAGACAGCUCUUCAACAGCCACGACAAAACCAUGAGUGGACACUUAACAGGUCCCCAAGCAAGGACGAUUCUUAUGCAGUCAAGUUUACCACAGGCACAGCUGGCUUCCAUAUGGAAUCUUUCUGACAUUGAUCAAGAUGGAAAACUCACAGCAGAAGAGUUUAUCCUCGCGAUGCACCUGAUUGACGUGGCUAUGUCUGGCCAACCACUGCCACCUGUCCUGCCUCCAGAAUACAUUCCGCCUUCUUUUAGAAGAGUCCGGUCGGGCAGUGGCGUGUCCGUCAUAAGCUCAACCUCAGCAGAUCAGAGGUUACCAGAGGAACCAGUUUUAGAAGAUGAGCAACAACUAGAAAAGAAAUUACCUGUCACAUUUGAAGACAAGAAGCGUGAGAACUUUGAGCGAGGCAAUCUGGAACUGGAGAAACGAAGACAGGCGCUCUUGGAGCAGCAGCGGAAAGAGCAGGAGCGCCUGGCGCAGCUGGAGCGCCAGGAGCAGGAGCGCAAGGAGCGGGAGCGCCAGGAGCAGGAGCGCAAGCGUCAGCUGGAGCUGGAGAAGCAGCUGGAGAAGCAGCGGGAGCUGGAGCGGCAGCGGGAGGAAGAGCGGCGCAAGGAGGUGGAGCGGCGCGAGGCUGCAAAACGAGAACUCGAACGGCAGCGGCAGCUUGAAUGGGAACGAAAUCGAAGACAAGAGCUAUUAAACCAAAGAAACAAAGAACAAGAAGACAUAGUUGUUCUGAAAGCAAAGAAAAAGACUUUGGAAUUUGAAUUAGAAGCUCUUAAUGAUAAAAAGCAUCAACUUGAAGGAAAACUUCAGGAUAUCAGAUGUCGACUGACCACCCAAAGGCAAGAAAUCGAGAGCACGAACAAAUCCAGAGAGCUGAGAAUCGCUGAAAUCACCCACCUGCAGCAGCAGUUACAGGAGUCCCAGCAGAUGCUCGGAAGGCUCAUUCCAGAAAAACAGAUACUCGGUGACCAGUUAAAGCAAGUUCAGCAAAACAGUUUGCACAGAGAUUCACUUCUUACACUCAAAAGAGCCUUGGAAGCAAAAGAACUAGCUCGUCAGCAGCUCCGAGACCAGCUGGAUGAAGUGGAGAAAGAAACUAGAUCAAAACUCCAGGAGAUCGAUAUUUUCAAUAACCAGCUGAAGGAACUAAGAGAAAUGCAUAAUAAGCAGCAGUUCCAGAAACAAAGGUCCAUAGAGGCUGAACGGCUGAAACAGAGAGAACAGGAGCGAAGGAUCACCGAACUGGAAAGACAGAAGGAGGAAGCCCAGAGGCGAGCGCAGGAGAGGGACAGGCAGUGCCUGGAGCGCGCACAGCAGGACGAUGAGCAUCAGCGGCCGCGGAAGCUCCACGAAGAGGAAAAACUCAAGAGGGAGGAGAGCGCCAGGAAGAAGGAUGGCGAAGACAGAGGCAGACAGGAAGCUCAAGACAAGCUGGGCCGGCUCUUCCCGCAACACCACGAACCCGCUAAGCCGGCUGUCCACGCACCCUGGUCCACCGCAGAAAAGGGCCCGCUCACAAUCUCCGCACAGGAGGACGUGAAAGUGGUGUAUUACCGUGCACUGUACCCCUUUGAGUCCAGAAGUCACGAUGAGAUCACGAUCCAACCGGGAGACAUAGUCAUGGUGGACGAAAGCCAGACUGGAGAGCCGGGAUGGCUAGGAGGAGAAUUGAAAGGAAAGACUGGGUGGUUUCCUGCAAACUACGCAGAGAAAAUCCCAGAAAACGAGGUUCCUGCUCCAGUCAAACCAGUGACGGACCUGACCUCCACCCCUGCACCCAAGGUGGCAGUGAGGGAGACCCCCGCACCUCCAGUGGUGACCUCUGCUGAGCCCUCCGCGACCCCCAACAACUGGGCCGACUUCAGCUCCACGUGGCCCACCAACACGAAUGAGAAACCAGAAACCGAUCACUGGGAUGCCUGGGCGGCCCAACCCUCGCUCACGGUGCCCAGUGCCGGCCAGUUAAGGCAGAGGUCAGCUUUCACUCCAGCCACGGCCACCGGCUCCUCUCCAUCUCCUGUUCUGGGCCAGGGCGAAAAGGUGGAGGGGCUGCAGGCACAAGCCCUGUAUCCUUGGAGAGCCAAGAAAGACAACCACUUGAAUUUUAACAAAAAUGACGUCAUCACCGUCCUGGAACAGCAAGACAUGUGGUGGUUUGGAGAAGUUCAAGGUCAGAAGGGUUGGUUCCCCAAGUCGUACGUGAAGCUCAUUUCAGGGCCCAUAAGGAAAUCGACAAGCAUGGAUUCUGGUUCUUCCGAAAGCCCUGCUAGUCUAAAGAGAGUAGCUUCCCCAGCAGGCAAGCCAGCCGUCUCGGGAGAAGAGUUUAUUGCCAUGUACACUUACGAGAGUUCUGAGCAAGGCGAUCUCACCUUUCAGCAAGGGGAUGUGAUUCUGGUGACCAAGAAAGAUGGUGACUGGUGGACAGGAACAGUGGGCGACAAGUCCGGAGUCUUCCCUUCUAACUAUGUGAGGCUUAAAGAUUCAGAGGGCUCUGGAACUGCUGGGAAAACAGGGAGUUUAGGAAAAAAACCUGAGAUCGCCCAGGUCAUUGCCACCUAUACAGCCACCGGUCCCGAGCAGCUCACCCUGGCCCCUGGGCAGCUGAUUCUGAUCCGGAAAAAGAACCCAGGUGGCUGGUGGGAAGGAGAGCUGCAGGCACGUGGGAAAAAGCGCCAGAUAGGCUGGUUCCCUGCGAAUUAUGUAAAACUUUUAAGCCCUGGAACAAGCAAAAUCACUCCAACUGAGCCGCCUAAGCCCACGGUGUUCCCGGCAGUGUGCCAGGUGAUCGGGAUGUACGACUACACCGCCCAGAACGAUGACGAGCUGGCCUUCAGCAAGGGCCAGAUCAUCAACGUCCUCAACAAGGAGGACCCCGACUGGUGGAAAGGAGAAGUCAGCGGGCAGGUGGGGCUCUUCCCAUCCAACUACGUGAAGCUGACCACAGACAUGGACCCGAGCCAGCAAUGGUGUUCAGACCUGCAUCUCCUGGACAUGCUGACCCCGACCGAAAGGAAGCGACAGGGGUACAUCCACGAGCUCAUCGUCACGGAGGAGAACUACGUGAACGACCUGCAGCUGGUCACCGAGAUCUUUCAGAAACCCCUGAUGGAGUCUGAGCUGCUGACAGAGAAAGAGGGUGCUAUGAUUUUUGUUAACUGGAAGGAGCUGAUUAUGUGUAAUAUCAAGCUGCUGAAAGCGCUGCGAGUUCGCAAGAAGAUGUCCGGGGAGAAGAUGCCGGUGAAGAUGAUCGGGGACAUCCUGACGGCCCAGCUGCCCCACAUGCAGCCCUACAUCCGCUUCUGCAGCUGCCAGCUCAACGGGGCCGCCCUCAUCCAGCAGAAGACGGACGAGGCCCCCGACUUCAAGGACUUCGUCAAAAGGCUGGCGAUGGACCCUCGGUGCAAAGGCAUGCCGCUGUCCAGUUUCAUCCUGAAGCCCAUGCAGCGGGUGACGAGGUACCCUCUGAUCAUUAAAAACAUCCUGGAGAACACUCCGGAGAACCACCCCGACCACAGCCACCUGAGGCAGGCCCUGGAGAAGGCGGAGGAGCUGUGCUCGCAGGUGAACGAGGGGGUGCGGGAGAAGGAGAACUCCGACCGGCUGGAGUGGAUCCAGGCCCACGUGCAGUGCGAAGGCCUGUCGGAGCAACUCGUGUUCAAUUCCGUGACCAACUGCUUGGGGCCACGCAAGUUCCUGCACAGUGGGAAGCUCUACAAGGCCAAGAGCAACAAGGAGCUGUACGGCUUCCUCUUCAACGACUUCCUCCUGCUGACCCAGAUCUUGAAGCCCCUGGGCUCCUCUGGCGCCGACAAGGUCUUCAGCCCCAAGUCCAACCUGCAGUAUAAAAUGUACAAAACCCCAAUUUUCCUAAAUGAGGUUCUGGUAAAGUUACCCACCGACCCCUCCGGGGACGAACCCAUCUUCCACAUCUCCCACAUUGACCGAGUCUACACCCUCCGAGCAGAAAGCAUAAACGAGAGGACGGCCUGGGUGCAGAAAAUCAAAGCUGCUUCGGAACUCUACAUAGAGACCGAGAAGAAGAAGCGGGAGAAGGCGUAUCUGGCGCGCUCCCAGAGGGCAACUGGGAUCGGAAGGCUGAUGGUGAACGUGGUCGAAGGCGUGGAGCUGAAGCCCUGCCGGUCCCACGGAAAGAGCAACCCCUACUGCGAGGUGACCAUGGGGUCCCAGUGCCACAUCACCAAGACCAUCCAGGACACGCUGAACCCCAAGUGGAACUCCAACUGCCAGUUCUUCAUCCGAGACCUGGAGCAGGAGGUUCUCUGCAUCACGGUGUUCGAGAGGGACCAGUUCUCGCCGGACGAUUUCCUGGGUCGGACGGAGAUCCGUGUGGCCGACAUCAAGAAGGACCAGGGCUCCAAGGGCCCGGUGACCAAGUGUCUCCUGCUGCACGAAGUCCCCACGGGGGAGAUUGUGGUCCGCCUGGACCUUCAACUCUUUGACGAGCCCUAGGGAGCGGCCCAGGGCGGGUGCCCGGGGUCCCACUAGGGCUGGUGGGCGUCACCCGGGAAUGGCGUUGCCUUUCUGAGACCACGGUCGGGGUCUGAGCCACAGGGUGGCGGACGGUGAAGGAAGGCCCCUAAGGAUGCCAGGAGUUUCUCGACAAUCCUUUCCCCCAAACAGCCUCCCCUGUGAUGAAGCAAAACUGUCUCCCUCUGUCUUCACUGCAGUCUCGUGAUGACUUUUAGGGACUUGGACAUCGGACAGCUCCCAGCGAGGUUUGCCGGGGAGCCGGGCCAUCCCUGCGCCUGAGGCACGGUUCUGGUUACUGUCAAAUAAUUUAUAAACGCAGUGGCUGUAUUUUUGGAGAAUUCUGUAACCCUCCGAUGUCUCACCUCCCCCAGCCCCGUUGGCCCCUCGGCCGAGUCCUUGGUGUGUUCACAGAACAUCGUGGUGGUUCUGUCUUUGCUGUCGAAUCUCCCGUCCCGCCUCCCGCCCCCGGAUUGUAUUUGAAAUGCCGUCCCGGAUCUGAUCACAGGGGUGGGGGGGGGGGCACGCGGUCUCCUCUCAGUCCCUGGGCUGCUCACUGCAGAGCUGGUCCAGGGAAGGUUCCAGGCCCUUCGGGGUCUUGUAUUGAUAGACGUCAAUGAAAAGUCCCACUGGCUACGA